AGUAGUAUUUCCAGUUACCUCCCUCUCAUCCCCUUGCUUGCCCCUCCUCUUCUCACAAACCCCACUUCUCCUCUCAUAUCUCUCUCUUUCCCCUGUACCCAAAAACACUCAUCUAGCUCUUUUUGGGGUUAGACUCAACUAACCCUUUCUUCAUAGAAAAUAAAUAUCUUCCUGUCUUUGGCUUUGAAAUCUUGUUAGAGAACACCAUGUCUGUUGUUUUAGUUCUUCCACUGCUCAUCAUCUUGGCUUUCACUAGCCAUUCAGCAGAUGCUGUAUGGUGUGCUUGCAGACCAGAUCAAAGUGAUGCAGUUCUUCAAAAGGCCAUUGAUUAUGCUUGUGGAAAUGGAGCUGAUUGUUCAGCCAUCAAUCAAGGUGGAGCUUGUUACCAACCUAACACUGUGAGGGCUCAUUGUUCUUACGCUGUUAACAGCUAUUACCAAAAGAAAGGUGGAGCUCAGGGAAGCUGUGAAUUUUCCGGCAGUGCAGCUGUUACUUCUACUGACCCAAGUCCUGGUGGUUCUUGUACAUUUACUUCUGGAGGCGGCGGCGGAGGAGGAGGCGUGACUGUAAAUCCUCCAUCUACAACAUCACCACCAGGUUCAACGACACCAACAGGUGGAUCUUCAACACCUGGUGGGUCAACCAUGACACCAGGUUCAACCACCCCACCUGGGUCAUCAUCAUCCACAUUUUCACCACCUGGAAGCCUCACAAAUGGAAACGGCGGAAUGAUGGGAGGAGGAUUUGGUACGGGUUUAGGUCCUUCAGGAACUGGUAGCAUUGAUACUAGUGAUGGCGGAUUAGUCUUAAGAAACACUAAUUACGUCUCUUUACUACUCACUGUUUGGUUCCCUGCCCUCCUAUUCUUAUGGGUUUGAUGAAGAUGAACAAAUUUGGUGGCACCGGCGAAGUAGAUAAGAGAAGCACAUCGUCUUUGUCCAGAGAGAUGACAUUUAUUCUCCACUAGGGUUUUUCUACUUCUUUUUUUUUCUUUCUCUAGAGGAAUGAAAGUUGGGUGUUGAUUCUCCUUUUUGUGUGCGGCAAUGAAUUUGGAUGGAUGGUUGUCAUUGUUGUGGGAGAAGAACCUAAUCUUUUCAGCCCUUCUUUUUUCUCUUAUCUUUUUGGACAUUUUCUUUCUCUUUUCCUCUUUUUGUAUAUCUAGAGAGGUGGUAGUAAUUUAUUAUUAAAUUUUAAUUAUUAUUCAGAGAGCUCUCAGCACCUUAAAAGAUUUGAUCGUAUGUAUUUUCAUGUAGAUGAAUGCUCUAGUCUAGUUAAAUACUGUUAUUUUCACCUU